AUGGGGAGGACGCGCCCAAAAAAGCUCACCUCGAAGGCCUCAAUCCCCAUUGUCCGGGAACAUGAGAUCGAUAUCAUCGACGAUGAGGUCCAGAAUGCCCUACAACAGGUGGAAACUGGUGUCGAGAAGGCUGAGGAGUCGGAAUUCCAUCUUCAAGCUGCUAUCAGCGCGACCGCCCAAGGAAAAGUAAACGAAGCUCACAUUCCCACACCAGAGACCGUCCUCAGCAAUCUUCGAUAUGACGAGCUCUAUCCCCCCAUCUUCUCGCAGCCGGCGACAUACAUCCGCUUCUCCUCAACUGUCGAGGACUGUUGCGGAUGCCCGUAUAACAUGACCGAAGAGGACGAUGUCUUCUUCAAGAUCAUGAACGAGAAGCGGGAGCCGUCGAACCGGAUCACAGAGGAUCAGUUCGAGGAGGUGAUGUACUUCUUCGAGGAGACGGCACAGACGAAGCAACCAUUUGCAGCUGUAGAUAGCCCUCCUGUCCUGAGCUUCGCAGAGAUGCAAGACUCGAUGGAUGCAACUGUAGAGGAGAGCGUCAAGCGUUUUGCAAAGGACAUAUAUGAGCACUGGAAGUUGCGAAGGAUUGCCGCUGGGAACCGCCCACUCCUACCGAGUCUCAAGUUCGAAACCGGUCAAGAUACCGAUGAUACAGACCCGUAUGUCUGCUUUCGUAGGCGUGAAGUCCGUCAGAUUCGGAAGACCCGCGGCAGAGAUGCCCAAAGUGCCGAUAAACUGCGCAGGCUCAGAAAGGAGCUGGAAGAUGCUCGACAGUUGGUUGCACUGGUGCGCCAGCGGGAGUUGGCAAGAAAAGAGAUGCUCUCCAUGGAGCGGCAGAUUUUCCUGCAGCGUUCCGAGGUGAAGGAGAUGAAGAGAAAACUCAACAUCAAAGACGAUGACGAGGAUCUCAUCAACCAGAAGCCAAAGAAGAAGCCUGCGGAGGCGCCAGCUGCACAACGGCCGACCGCUCCUCAGAUCCGGAUGCCACAGAAGCCCGGUACGCAGGCUGCGGACGACCUGCAACUGCUGGAAGAUGUCCAGGCGGAGAAAGAAAACGAGAUUCUGCGGGAUAUCAAGCAGAACAUCGCGAAGCAUAUCAAGUGGAACGAGGGCUAUGUGGAUUUCACAAGAGCGCCUCUCUCACCACCUCCGGAGAAAACCUUCCGAGCCGCAUUCCGCCCGGCAAUCACCACCCAAUUGCCAACUCCUCCUUCUUCAGAUUCGUCCGACAAUAUGAUGUUGGACUCUGCGUUAGAUACUGCCAAUUCCCUCUCCUUCCGAGAUAAGCUAGUCCCUCGUACAUGGGAGAUGAACGAGGACACCAGCAGGAUACCAUCUUUCAGGAGGCGCAUUGGGCGCGGCGGUCGGUUGAUGAUUGAUCGUCGAAACCUGGUGUCGCGGUGUAGAAUCGAGAUGGAUCCGCUGAAGGCUGAUCGAUUCAAGUAUGAUCGGGAGGAUUCGGACGAUGAAUCAGAACUCGAAUGUGAUCCGUACGAUGUCCAGAUCAUGCAACAUCGUGCCAUAAUGGCUGCUAAAGCACGAGAUCAAGCUGCUGCUGCCGCCCAAGCACAUGCGCAGGCUCAAGCAGCGCAAGCGCAAGCACAGGCUCAAGCGCAGAAACGGUUGCAGGCCGAACAGACCACAACCAACAACGGGCCCCCGAACAUGGGGCAGACAAUGGGAUCGAACCCCGGGCCUGGUGCCGUCGCCUCAACUUCGUGA